AUGGCUGACCCUCCGACUUCACAGACUUCUUCGGAUGCCGUCACGAACGCUACGCCUACCGGCAACCCCACUCCGGGACCGGUUGAUGUCACUGUUCCUGCCAGUGACUCAGCUCCUGACCCAGUGUCGAACCAUAGUGCCGUCGUUGUGGCUGCAGACGAUUUCACGGAUGAUACCGCCUCAGACAUCGCAACUGCUCCAAAAGCGCUUCUUUCGCUGGCUCCAUUUUUCAACGUGACGAGGUCUUCUAAUGCCCUUCAGAGUGUGUCAUCCUCAAGUGCAAGCUUGUCCAGUUCGAUACUCCAACAUCGCCUGGAGAAUGGAAGAACUUAUCACAAGUACAAGGAUGGAAAGUAUCUUUAUCCCAAUGACGAGAAGGAAAACGACAGGCUAGACUUGCAGCACAACCUUUUUCUUCUCACCUUGGAUUACAAGCUCGGUCUUGCCCCUCCCAAUGACCAAGGGUCCGAUGUCAAGCGCGUUCUCGACGUUGGUACCGGCACUGGACUAUGGGCCAUCGAGUUCGCCGAAGAGCACCCCGAGGCUGAGGUCCUUGGUGUCGAUCUCAGUCCACCCCAGACUGAAUUUGUCCCGCCUAAUCUCAAAUUUGAAAUUGACGACGUCGAGCAACCCUGGACGUACAGUCGUCCGUUCGACUACAUCCACAUUCGUGGUAUGACUUCAAGCGUCACUGACUGGCACGCUUUUUUCACCCAGGCAUACAAGGGUCUCGUCCCCGGUGGUUACAUUGAAUUGUUUGAAGGCCACGCCCGUACUCAGUCCGACGACGGAUCUCUGACGCCUGCCCACGCCUUCUGGCAGUGGUGUGACAAACUGGAUGAAUGCUGCAAAAUCCUCGGCCGUCCUUUUGUUCACGUCCCCGAUCUCGUCCCCAUUUUGAAGGAGGUCGGCUUCGUCGACGUGACGAUUGUACCUUUCAAGUGGCCAAUCGGUCCGUGGGCCAAGGAUCCAUACUACAAAGAGCUUGGGGAGUGGGCUCUUGCCAACGCCUUUGAUGGUCUCGAGGCCUGGACUAUGGCUGCCUUCACCAGAGCUCUUGACUGGACAAGCGCAGAAGUCCAGGUCUUUCUCAUUCAAGUGAGGAAGGAUUUAAGGGACAUGAGCAUCCACCAUUAUUGCCCUCUGUGGGUGAUCUACGCGAGAAAGCCGGAAGACGAAGGCCAGCAGGAGGUUUCCACCGCAUAG